CAUCCCACCACACCUCGGCUUGUGAUCACACUCCUGGUUAUUAAAUCAAAGUUGAUCCCAAAGAUUAGUUGUAAAAACUUGCUUUGUAUUACGGGAUGUCGGUGCCUCCUGGCUUAUAAUCAAUUUUGAAACUAAGUUUCGUUUUUGCUUUUUAAAUAGGUACUAUCUAUAUAUACACUCCCUUUCUGAUCUAAUUCCACACCACUGAGACUUGAACAUGGCCAUCAACACGGACACCGACUUCCUCAAGUCCAACUUGGGUGAGGGUGGAGGAGGCGCGCCGCCAGCGGACUCCCAUGAGACGGAGCAACUCCUGGCGCUGACCACCGAGCCCGGAGGGAACGGGAUGAAGAUGUCCACCUCCUUCACGGUCAACAUGGGCGGCGAUAAGGGCCUGGAGGCCGACCAGAACGGCCACAGCGUCGCCGUGAGGUCGGGCUCCGCAGGUCAGCUGGCCGCCGCCGCCCCCCUCUCCCCGUCCAAGGUCAGUCUGAGCCGCUCCUCCACCGGGAACGCGACCGUGCAGGAGACCCCGAAGCCCAAGGACUACCUCAUCCUCGUCAUCAUGUCCUGCUUCUGCCCCGUCUGGCCCGUCAGCAUUGUCGCACUGGUGUACUCCAUCAUGUCCAGAAACAGUCUCCAGGUGGGGGAUAUUGACGGGGCCAGGAGGCUGGGUCGACUGGCUCGUCUGCUCAGUAUUGUCUCCAUCGUCCUGGGCAUUGUCAUAAUCAUAGUCUACGUCUCAGUUUCAGUCGUAAAGCACUGACAUGGAGGACCCGAGAGAAGAAAAUGAACCGUGAAAGCCAAACCACGGGCGCAACGAGGAAAAAAAAUAAAAGCCCAUUCCAAAAAAACAAAAAUUCUUAACUUAAU